AUGAAAAUAUUGCCAACGCUAUUCCAUGAAUUAGCGAAUCUUGAUAAGUCACUGUACACCACACUAUACAAUAGUCUCGCAGGAACGGCGCCCAAUGCGUAUACGCCCAACGAAGCUAUGCUGGAUGAGCUAGCACAGCACACACACUCCAACCAGACAUGGGCAGCCCUGGCAGACAAUCUGACUGUCGAGUAUGCGAAGCUGAACAG